AUGGCGGAGAACGGGACGGCCGAGGCCGCCGUCGAACAGGAGGCGGCGAACCAGAGCGACGCCGGCGCCGCCAAGGAGCGCCGGGGCGGCCGAGGGCGGCGGCGCCGGCGGGGACAGGAACCGGAACGCCUCCGAGGAGGAGUGGUUGGGCCAGCGGAUCACGUUGUUGCCGAGCCGGCAGUGGAACUACCCGCUGAGGAGCAGAAGCCCGCUGAUGAGCAGGAAUCCAUAUGGACAACGAUGCAAAGAACCGCCGAUGAACAGGCGACUGUAGCUGACUCCAAGUUCGAAGGAAGCUCGAAAUUGUGCAAGGCGUGGUGCGCGUUUGGCCUGCAGCCGUGGAACGUCAAGUGCGGCUUGAGCGAGUGCGCGGCUUGCGCCUCCUGCAAGACGUUACCCGGGGAGGCGAGCCCAGACUCAGAGGAGCCGAAGCAGACCGAGGAGCCGGGUGCCGCCAGCGAGCAGGAGGGGCGUCCGGAAGCAGCUCAGGUGCCUGCCGAGGCAGCGGUGACGCCGCUUGCCGCCAGCGAGCAGGAGGCAGCCACCCAAGGCGAUGCCGCUCAGGAGCAGGGGUCCGCCGAAGAGCCUCGGGAGCAGAAGCCGUCGGAGGAACAGAGGCUGGCCGAGGCGGCCACGCAAGAGCCUGCCGAGGGGCAGGAGCCCGCUGAGGAGCAGGCAACCUCGGCGGACUCCAAGUCCUGCAAGAUGUGGUGCAUGUUCGGCCUGCAGCCGUGGAACACCAAGUGCGGCCUGAGCGAGUGCUCGGCGUGCCUCCGGUGCAAGAGCCUCUCGGGGACGACGAGCCAGGGCUCGGAGGAGCCGAGGCAGCCCGAGGAGCAGAGUUCCGCCGGCGAGCAGGAGGCGCCCAGCCACAACGACACCAACCAGCCCCCCAUGUCGGAGCCGGAUGUGGAGGAGGCCCUGAACCCGGCUGCGGGAGCUGAGGAGACUCAACCGCAGGUCGGGGAGGCGAAGCCUGCAGCCUCCGGUUCAGAGGAGCCUGGGGCGGCGGAAGUCACGCAGCCGAUCGAGAUCGACGAGGCCGAUAUCGAGAACUCCCUGGAUCCCUCCGAGCAGGAAGACCAGAGCCGGGCCGACGAGCAGAAGCCCGCCGAGAAGGAGCAGUCUUUGGGAGCUCAGAGCUCUAGCGAGGCAGGGGUGCAGGGGUCUGCCGAGGCCGUGGCGGCAACGCCUGCCGAGGAGCAGCUCGAUGAGGAGCUGGCGGCUGCGGCGGGCUCCAAGACCGCAGGAGGCCCGAGGGCGUGCAAGAUGUCGUGCAAGCUCGGCCUGCGGCAGUGGAAGACCAAGUGCGCUUUGACCGAGUGCGCGGGCUGCCUCCGGUGCAGCGGCCUGCCCGGGACGACGAGCCGAGACCCCGAGGAGGCGGAGCAGGCCGAGAAGCAGGGUCCUUCCGGCGAGCAGGAGGCGGCCGACCAAGGCGAUGCCGCUCAGGAGCAGGGGUCCUCCCAGGAGCCCCAGGCGACACAGGGCAGCGACGCCGGCGCAGCUCAGGUGUCGGACGACGCUGCCGAGGCGGAGUUGCGGCCUCUGGAGGAUCAGAAGUCUGCCGAGCCAGCGGUGCAAUCUCCCGCCGAGGAGCAGAUGCCUCUGGAAGCUCAGGGUUCUGGCAGUGCAGAGGGGCAGGAGCCCGCCGAGGCAUCGGUGGAAAAGCCCGCCGAGGAGCAGGAGCCCACCGAGGAGAGCGUGGCUGCGGCGGGCUCCAAGUCCGAAGGAAGCCCGGCGGAGUGCAAGAUGUGGUGCAUGUUCGGCCUGCAGCCGUGGAACACCAAGUGCGGCCUGAGCGAGUGUUCGGCUUGCCUCCGGUGCAAGGACCUGUCGGGAGCGACGAGCCAGGGCUCGGAGGAGCCGAGGCAUCCCGAGGAGCAGAGUUCCGCCGGCGAGCAGGAGGCGCCCAGCCAGGGCGAUGACAGCAAUGCGGCAGAUGCGGAGGAGUCCCUGAAGCCAGCUGCGAGCGCCGAAGAGGCGCAGCCGUUGAAGGAAGAGGCGAAGCCCGAGGCUGCCAAGGAAGGGCCGACGGCGGCGGAUGCCACGGACACCACGGAGGACGAAGAAGAUAUGGAGAAGUCCCUGGCUCCGCCAGCUCAGGAGCAGGGGUCCGCCGAAGAGCCUCGGGAGCAGAAGCCGUCGGAGGAACAGAGGCUGGCCGAGGCGGCCACGCAAGAGCCUGCCGAGGGGCAGGAGCCCGCUGAGGAGCAGGCAACCUCGGCGGACUCCAAGUCCUGCAAGAUGUGGUGCAUGUUCGGCCUGCAGCCGUGGAACACCAAGUGCGGCCUGAGCGAGUGCUCGGCGUGCCUCCGGUGCAAGAGCCUCUCGGGGACGACGAGCCAGGGCUCGGAGGAGCCGAGGCAGCCCGAGGAGCAGAGUUCCGCCGGCGAGCAGGAGGCGCCCAGCCACAACGACACCAACCAGCCCCCCAUGUCGGAGCCGGAUGUGGAGGAGGCCCUGAACCCGGCUGCGGGAGCUGAGGAGACUCAACCGCAGGUCGGGGAGGCGAAGCCUGCAGCCUCCGGUUCAGAGGAGCCUGGGGCGGCGGAAGUCACGCAGCCGAUCGAGAUCGACGAGGCCGAUAUCGAGAACUCCCUGGUUCCCUCCGAGCAGGAAGACCAGAGCCGGGCCGACGAGCAGAAGCCCGCCGAGAAGGAGCAGUCUUUGGGAGCUCAGAGCUCUAGCGAGGCAGGGGUGCAGGGGUCUGCCGAGGCCGUGGCGGCAACGCCUGCCGAGGAGCAGCUCGAUGAGGAGCUGGCGGCUGCGGCGGGCUCCAAGACCGCAGGAGGCCCGAGGGCGUGCAAGAUGUCGUGCAAGCUCGGCCUGCGGCAGUGGAAGACCAAGUGCGCUUUGACCGAGUGCGCGGGCUGCCUCCGGUGCAGCGGCCUGCCCGGGACGACGAGCCGAGACCCCGAGGAGGCGGAGCAGGCCGAGAAGCAGGGUCCUUCCGGCGAGCAGGAGGCGGCCGACCAAGGCGAUGCCGCUCAGGAGCAGGGGUCCUCCCAGGAGCCCCAGGCGACACAGGGCAGCGACGCCGGCGCAGCUCAGGUGUCGGACGACGCUGCCGAGGCGGAGUUGCGGCCUCUGGAGGAUCAGAAGUCUGCCGAGCCAGCGGUGCAAUCUCCCGCCGAGGAGCAGAUGCCUCUGGAAGCUCAGGGUUCUGGCAGUGCAGAGGGGCAGGAGCCCGCCGAGGCAUCGGUGGAAAAGCCCGCCGAGGAGCAGGAGCCCACCGAGGAGAGCGUGGCUGCGGCGGGCUCCAAGUCCGAAGGAAGCCCGGCGGAGUGCAAGAUGUGGUGCAUGUUCGGCCUGCAGCCGUGGAACACCAAGUGCGGCCUGAGCGAGUGUUCGGCUUGCCUCCGGUGCAAGGACCUGUCGGGAGCGACGAGCCAGGGCUCGGAGGAGCCGAGGCAUCCCGAGGAGCAGAGUUCCGCCGGCGAGCAGGAGGCGCCCAGCCAGGGCGAUGACAGCAAUGCGGCAGAUGCGGAGGAGUCCCUGAAGCCAGCUGCGAGCGCCGAAGAGGCGCAGCCGUUGAAGGAAGAGGCGAAGCCCGAGGCUGCCAAGGAAGGGCCGACGGCGGCGGAUGCCACGGACACCACGGAGGACGAAGAAGAUAUGGAGAAGUCCCUGGCUCCGCCGGAGGUCCUGGCCACUGGAAUGUGA